AUGAGUCCCCGCGAGACAACGCCCCUCCUACCGCCGGGCCCAGGCCCCCGCGUGCGUGUCGGCGCUGCUGUCAGCCCCGCGCCUGAGAAGUUCUCCGGUCUCGGCCCCCGGCUCUACUCCCCCGAGAACAGGAUCCUCUUCGCCGGCUUUCUCGUCGCUCUGACUCUCGGCCUCACCCAGGUCUCAAUCAUCUACGUUUUCCGUGUCAUGACCUGCGAGGCCUUUUACACCCACCACCCUCCCUCUACCGCACGCUGCGCCCGCCGGGAGAUCGACGCGGCGACAGCCACGCAGGUGUCCAUCCUUGGCAUGACAACGUCGCUGUGUGGCAUCCUCAACCUUUUCAUCUGCGGCGCUCUCAUCAAGCGCUGGGGUACACGGUGGGCGCUCGUCAGCCAGACGUCGCUGCUUGCCGUCAGGGUUUCCUUUCAGAUUGCCGCUGUCAGCGUUGGCGGCAGGAAAGGCAUCUAUCUUAUGCAGGGAACGCAGUUUGUAGGCAUUUUUGGAGGUCCGAGGGGCUACAUGUUGGUGCUCAACACCGCCGUCGCCGAAGCCAUUGAGAGGCGGAAACACACGGGUGUAUUUGGCAAACUCCAGGGAGCCUUGAUGAUCGGUAAUGCUGGUGGCUACUUCUUUGGUGGUCUCCUUGGCGAUUUGUUCGGCAUCUCGAGUCCGUUCACCGUCGCCGUCGGAUGUUUCAUAGUCGCCACGAUCUAUGGUGCCCUCUUCAUGCCGGCGUCUCCUGUUAAUGAGGAUGAAGUGGCAGACAAGGACGGAAAAUCAACCUCGGGAUUGUUUGCGCCGCUGAGGAUUCUCAUUCCGCAGCAGUACCGCCUUCCUUCAAGCAAAGUGACCAAACAUUAUGGUCUCGUCUUUCUCGCGAUGGGCGUAUUCUUUGGCGUGUUUGCAACUGGCUAUGCUCCUAUUCUUAUUCAGAUGUAUGCCACUUCACGAUUCGACUUUGGCACCACGGAAAACGGCACGCUCAUGGCAGGCAAUUCCCUGAUCAGGGGUGUCUUCCUGAUGUUCAUGUUUCCCAAGAUGAUUGAUCUCGGUCGCCGUUGGUUUGCCUCGAUGGCCUCGCGGCCCCAUCAUGAAUCUUCCGUCGCCGAUCAGCUGGAGCCGGCAACGAUCCCGACGCACGCCGAGGACCUCGAUCCAUUGCCCGGCCUGAUGAAUGCCGAGGAACCAAGGAACGCGCCACCAGAGGAAGAAGACGAGGAUAGCACAUUUGAUCUGUCGUUCCUGCGCUGGAGUCUUGUCGUUGACGGCAUCGUCACGUCCAUAUCGGCCUGGGCCACGAAAGGAUGGCACAUGUAUCUGGCUGCCUUCCUGCUCCCCUUCGCCUCGGGCUCGGCACCGGCUGCCAAGGGUGUCAUUACAGAAAUGAGCCCAGCAAACCUGCGACAGGAUGCGCUGAGCGCCAUCACAUUAGUCGAAAGCGCGGCGACACUGACGACGCAGGGUACUUUUGGGUUCAUUUACUCGUCACUAUCAGGCGUCGGCAAAGCCAAUUUGACGUUUCUUUGCAACGGUGGCCUGGCUGUCAUGGCCGUCGCCAUCCUUCUCUUGGCGCACUAUCCUCCGACAGACGGCCUCAGGGUGGAGGACGACGAGGAUGAGAGGCAGAGUCUGGUCAGCAGUUAA